GCUUCGUAAAAUAGACCAAGCCCAAGAUCUCUCGCACCCAAGAAGAGGCCAUGGCCUCGCUCUCCUCCCCUUCGCCAUGGGAGGAGGAGGGGCGCAAAUGGGGGGAGAGGGUAUCCGAUGCCGUCCUCUCCCUCUACCGCUCGCUUCCGAAGAAAGGGAAGCCGCAGGGCCGGGAAACCACCGUCGUGGCCGCCUUCCUCCUCUCUUCCCCAGCCAAUGAUUUGGAGGUCGUUGCCCUAGGGACCGGGACCAAAUGCAUUGGGGGUUCUCUCCUUAGCCCUAGAGGUGAUGUCGUCAAUGAUUCCCAUGCUGAGAUAAUUGCACGGAGGUCGCUCUUGAGGUUUUUUUAUUCAGAAAUUGGACGUCUCUCUUCUGAAGGUGAUUUAGGUUUAGAUAAUGCACCAAGAACGGUUUUUGGGUUGGAUACUAACCGUCCUGGCGAAGAAAGAUACAGGAUAAAUGCGGGCUGGCGAUUACAUCUAUAUAUCAGCCAGCUUCCUUGUGGAGUCCACUCAAACUCUACACCCCUGCCACUAUUCAUACAAAAUCUUCCAGUGGAAGGAGAUUCAUCACCGUCAACCAAUGUCACCAGUUCCAUGGGAAGUGAAGUAUUAGUUGAACACAAGAAUGGAUAUUCUCAUAUGGAGGAAUCAAGAGAUCAUUCUUCAAAUGGUUGUCCUAGAGUUGCUGGGAUGGUUCAAAAGAAGCCUGGGCGUGGCGAUAUAACUUUAUCAAUGAGCUGUUUUGAUAAGUUAACCCGUUGGAAUGUUGUUGGAGUUCAAGGAGCUUUACUUUCUCAUAUUCUGCAACCAGUAUACCUUGCUACCAUUACUUUGGGAAAAUCACCUGCUGAUGCUCCUAAAGAAUUUCCUGUUGAAAAUCAUCUUCAGAGAGCUCUUUGUGAUCGGAUAGCUUCUUUGCAUGAUAAGCUGUCAAGUCCUUUUCAAGUGAACAAGCUGCAAAUUUAUGAGGCUCCUAUUCCACUGAAAGAGUUCCAGCAGUCCGCUAGUGAGAUACCCACUUUAACAUGCGGGUAUUCAAUCUGCUGGAAUAAAUCUGGAUUACAUGAAGUGAUCUUGGGAACAACUGGGAGGAAACAAGGCACUUCUGCAAAAGGGGCUCGCUUUCCAUCUACAGAGUCUUCUCUCUGCAAGAGGAGGCUACUGGAAGGUUUUAUGUCACUGCAACAUAGGUUCUCUGUUCAAGUUCAAGCUGAGGUAGUUUCUUAUCAUGAGCUGAAGCCCCUGUUUUUGUCCGCCAACACACCUAAUCUAUUGAAAAAUAAAGUAAUGCAAGCUUUCGUACUAUAAUGAUACUUGGGAGAACAGAUGCUUCAAAGUACGUCAUGUCUAUAUGCGAUAUGCAUCGAAUAACAAUAUUUGUUAGGUAUGGCUAGAAAAAUGUCGGUUACUUAUUUUAAGUUUCCUAUUCUUUAUAAUUGAGAAAAGGGUCUAAACACUUAUUAUACAUUUAGAAUCAUAGUCUGCUGUGCCAGUAUCAGGCCCCAUACCGGUUGUCCGGCGGCACAAGUCGGUACGACCCCGCGUCGUGUUGUGCCGACCCUAUAUCAACACAAUAGAGGCUUGGAAGAGGGAGAACAGGAGAGAGAAAAAAAGAGAGCGAGAGAGGGUGGGAGUGGGAGAGGGAGAGGAAGGAAGAGAGAGGCCGGCCAGGGUCUGCCAGCGGAGGCUAGGGAGCCUUCUAACGGAGGAGGCGGAGGCCGAAGAGCCGCAUAAGCGGGAUCCGCCUCCAGGCUCCUGUUUCUUUAGAAACGGGCCUGGAGUGGGCCCCUUUUAUUUUAAAGAAUUUUAAGUAAAAGUUGGCAAACUCAUUGCCGACUUUACUUUAAAAAAAAAAGUGAAGUCGGCGAUGGGUUUGUCGACUUUUACUUAAAAUUUUGAAAAAUAAAAGAGGCCCCCUCCGAGCCCCGCCUCUGAGGCUCUCCGGCCGGCUUCGGCCGGCCUCUCUUCCUUCCUCUCACUCUCCCUCCCUCUCUCUCUCUCUUUUUUUCUUUUUUCUUCUCCUCUUCCUCCGUCGCCGGUUCUGGUUUCGUUGGCAGAACUGUUCCGGUCCACCGCCAGUAUAGCUUGGGACGUUUUGAACCGGGCGGUUCGGGACGGUUCCGCCAACCAUGCUUCAAAUACUUUCUGGAAAGUAGGGGUAUUCCUUCUUCUUCUGUUUAUGGCAUAUGGUUGAUUUUGGAGUUUGUGAUAUUUUUAUCAUUUUAUGUAGCAUGGAUAUUUUCUUUGGAUUUAAAUGAUGAUUGAUUGAUGGAGCCAGUGAACAUUGAUAUUAUUGUAUGCAGUUUGACUUUAUUAUUGGGAAGUUGACAUUGUUGUAUGUAGUGAGUCCAUUUUAUCUUACGAAUAUAUUUACUUAAUAUUGUAUGUCUUAUAUCUAGUUUUUCAAGAGUUGUCAUGUCAACAUUAUCUGUAUCGUGUUUAUCCAUGCCCAUGCUGCAUAAUGAUCAAUAUCUGUUUUUUAUUGCGGCAUGCAGCUUUCUUAGUCUAUUAAACGUAAUUUAUGAACACAGGAUAUGCUUGAUUGCAGCAUGUUAAUUUUCACAGUCCAUUGAAAUAAUAGAUGUAUGGGUGGACUUGAACUCUAUAUGACAAUAUAUAUAGCAUCUAUUGGUUUACCCUUUUUUUCGGUAAGAAUUGCUUUAGCUUUUGAAAAUUAGAUUGUGGAAUAUGAGGUGUGGAGCACUAGCUCGUUGCUUUUGCUAGAAAACUUGGGUAUCUGCUGUGCUGUUAUUGUGAUCGCUACAAAUUCAAAUAAGCUGAUAUUAUGAUGAGCACAGGAGUUUCAAUCGAAAUAAUUGUUCUUGUUGACUAGCCUUUAAGAGCGCAUUUGUCUGUGCCCGUCUUCUGGCCAAAAAAUGUGCGGUUUACACUUAAAAAGUUUAUGGGCAUGCUCUGAAAAGAAGGCUGGUGAGAUGAUGAUGAGAACUCCUGUUCUACACAGUAGGGGAAUGUUAUCACUACGCAUGCCAGGUUUAUAGCUCUAUCUUGGGUUUCCUAUGACUGCCUGUUUAAGAAUACUAUGGCAAUUGCAAUAACCUGCUUUGUUUGACAAACAACUCUCUUCUCUCCUUCACUUUCGCCUAGAAUAUGGCCCCACAUUGAAAUGCAUAAUAUAGCUGCUCUUAUGUCCCAAAGUUCAUAAGCAGCACUACAAAAGGAGGUCUCGGAGUUUCCGAGGAAUCUACAAGUAUAUCUAAGUGUUGCAUGCUGUCCUUUAUCUUGAUUUCUUUUGUUUUUUUUUUUUUUAUUUCUUCUUUAGAUUGUCCAACUCCAUGAAUUUCUCCAAUUUUCUUUUUCUUCACCACGGCAAAGGUGCUUCCAAUAGAAUGGGAGAAAUUGAAAAAAAAGAGAGAGAGAAAUAUGAUAUUGUGAAUAAAUUUGUGAUAAUUCCCUUUUUCGAUCUUGUUUAAGAGCCAUGCUGGUGCUGAAGCCUCCUGAAAUACAUAGUAUGUCUGUAUGCGUAUGUUUGUAUGCAUCUGUAUGCAUAUGUAUGUAUAUAUAUACAUAGAUAUGUAUGUAUGUAUAUGUAUUUAUGUAUGCAUAUGUAUGUAUGUAUGAAUUGAUUUGGGUACUGUAGGUACCUGCUGAUGUCCUGUUCCAACUAGUUUAUGUGUUGGCUGUCAACAAAUUUUCAGGACUUGGUUUCAUAUUAUCUUGUUAUCUAAAGUUCAUAGAUAUAAUAUGCGUUCACUAUAGGAAAAGAGAGAUUUUUCGACGUUAGUGGGAAGCGUCGGGAAAUUUUGAUUUACCGACGCUUCUAAAAAGUAUCGGUAGAUUUUCAAAAUCGCUGACGCUUAAAAAGCGUCGUCGUAAGCUGGACCUAAGACGAUGCUUAUAAGCGACGUUGGAGGUCAAAUUGCUUCCCAACCUCUCUCCCCCCUCUUGAUUGAUGCUGUAGCUGUUUUAAAAAUCUCUCCUCUCCUCUCCUUCAUCAAUCUCUCAUUCAAAAGCGUCCAACGCCGAUAUCAAUCCAUCGGCUCCCCAUCUUGCUUUCUAAGCCCCGAUCGGCGUACACUGUUCUGCUUCCCCGCCGCCGUUGACCUUGCCCUCUUCCGGUGCCCUUUUUCUCUCGUUUCUUGAGUUUUCUGCGAGGGUUAGUAUUUUCUAUUGAUUUUUUGGGGGUUUUUGCCGAUUCCUUUCUGUGGUGAUUGCAAGCGCUUUCGGGCCUUAAAAAUUAUAGGCACUUCCUUUCUCGUUGCUGAAGCGGCUUAGAGAUUUAAAGAGGAGAGAGAAGAUCUCUUCUUCUAUAAUUCCUCCUCCAUUAUUGAUCGUUCGCGAUCGUUGCUAUUUCUCCUCCGAAUCGAAUUUAUGGCGCGAAAGCGGAAAUUGGACACGACGCCCCUUGACGAGGUGGAUCGGACUCUCUACUCCACCUUCUGCAACACGGCCAAUUCGCUCUCUCAGUUCUACACUCAGGCCAUGAACCAUCAGAAGCUCUCCUUCUAGGCUUGCAAGCGCCAUGCCCUGGUUCCUCUCUCUCUCAUCCUCAUCAAUCGACCGUUCCUAGGUUAUCUUUGAUGGAUAUAUAUAUUUCUCCUAAGCAGUCAUUCUGAUUGAUGAUUGAAAGGUUGUUGCUUUAUGGUUCCUUUAGAUCGUUACUGGUUCCUACUUGAUGGAUUCAAUUUGUAUUGGCUCUUCUUUUAUGAAAUCCUUGUAAAUUUCUUCUUUCUUUUUCGAAUUUUUUUUUUUGUUUUCUUCUGUCGCUGUUCACAUUUCUGGUCCUUGAUGGAGUGCAGUUUCUUUUCUUUUCCUCUUGAUAUGCAUGUUUGGAGUUUGUUUUGUGCUUUUGUGAUUCCAUGAUCUUGCCAAGUUAAGAUUUUUCCUGUUCUUUUCUUCUGAUCGAGCGAUCUUCUUCUAUUACGUUCUGUUCUUAAGCGAUCGAGCGAGUAGCUUUUGGUGUAUUUUGUCUCUUUCUUCCUCUUGUUGUAAGGCAUCAUUUUCCAUGUAGUGCUUGUGAUUGGCUAAAUUAUAGGUUAUUGUUGUGCGCUUGCUGCAUUUUUUGUGGUCAUAAUUGCAUCCAUAUGCGUUGGCUUUUUUACUUUUAACUUUUUUAAAAAAAAUUGAAAGCUAAAGCUGAUGCUUAUAAGCGUCAGCUUUGAGGCUUUUAGCGACGCUUUUAAGCAUCGCUAAAAAUCGACCUUUUACGCUGCUUUUCAAAAACAUCGGAAAUUUUUUUUUUCACUCAGGUAUUGCCGAUGCUUCGGCGAUGCUUUGGGUAGCGUCGGUAGAGGAUGUAAAAAAUGCUGGGAAAGUUUAUUUUUUUCUGUAGUGGUUGUAUUUACUGUGCAAGGAGAAUAGAUCUAGAGAUAACAAGUAGGCAGAGAGAAGAGUACAGAAAUUUACGAGGUUUGAUCUACGUCCGCAAGCAGAGAUAAUUAAAAAGCAAAAAAAAAAAAAAGGCUUUCAUUAAUGGCUAGGAAAGUCCAAAUGGGAGAAAAAGCUGAGCGGGGAUGUGCUUUUAAGUGGUCUAUCUUGUAAAUGCAGUACACUAUGACAGCAUUUAUCUGGUAACGAUAUAUUAUUAUAUAUCUAUAAUUACUUACGAGCCUUUCUAUUAUAAUGUAGUCACAUUUUAAACUUCACAUUUAUGAAUAAUACAAGUAUUUUAUUAAAGAUGAAAAUUGCUUCCCAUAAUCAUCGAACAUGGCAACUUUGCAUCACCUGUUCGGCUGUGAAUUGCACCAAUCCUUCCAUACUACCUGGCAAGAGGAUUGUUUGUUUGUUCAUAUGCACCUUAAUAGAGCGCUCCGUUCUGAAAUUUCAAGGAGAAAGGAAUGCUUUGAAGUGUGGAAGAGGAAAAUGGUAGACCUCCGGGGUGUGACAUCUUCUCACCUUGCAAGGGAAAACAGGCUUCUAGUUGGUUUGAGCAACCGAAAGGAUCGAGUAAAAUAGCAUAAUCUCGUUGGUGAUUGACAUAGAAAGUCAGGUGCUCCGUAUCCAAGUGGACGGUUGUCAUCUCUCUUACUGGAAAAAAAAGGGAUUAUCAC